AUGUUUGAAGGCAUUGCCUCCACAAUCAUUGUAAAAUUAUUGGGAGAUUACAUUGAAAAUCUUGAUAGUAAAUCACUCAAGAUUGCAAUAUGGAGUGGUAGUAUUAAUCUCACCAAUUUAACGCUGAAAGCUUCGGCUUUGGAUACAUUUGAUUUACCCGUAUCGGUUGUACAGGGGUGUGUUGGAAGCAUUGAUGCUUCCAUUCCUUGGCAAUCACUCUCGAGCAGCCCGGUUAUUGCCAAAGUGAGUGAUGUUUUUCUGGUGGUUCAACCUAAAAAGUGUGAUCACUACGACGAAAAAGCCGAAAAAGCACGUGCACUGCUUGCUAAGCAACGUGCUCUUCAAAAUCACGAACUAUGGAGAGAACAACAAGAGUUAUUGAAUGAAGCAGCAGGUUCGGAAAAGAAAGAGGAAAAACAAGGAGAUACCUUCGUCUCACGAUUGACCGAAACAAUCCUCAACAAUCUUCAAGUUGAAAUUUCGAACGUUCAUAUUCGUUAUGAAGAUGGAUCUAAUCCAAAAAAUCGUAUUGUUUUUGGUCUAACAAUGGAAAAACUCUCACUCAAGAGUUGUAAUGACAGUUGGGAGGAAGUAUUCAUCAAAACAGCUCAACAAGCAUUCUAUAAGAAAUUACUUUUACAAAAUUUGUCAUUCUACAUGAAUAAUAACGAAGUGGAAUUAUUUUCAAAGUCUGGAAUGGACACCAAAAAAUUUUCACUUCACAUGAGGAAGAUUAUUACAGAAAACAAAUUUUACAGAAGAUUUAUUGUCAGUCCAAUUAAUGGAGAAUUAAAACUCAUACUGCAAAAAGAAGGUCAAAUUGACAUGUCAAAGCCCAAACUCAUUGCAAACCUGUUUUUAGACAAUGUAAAUCUUUGCCUCGAUGACAGACAAUACAAAAAUUUAUUGUCAACUUUGGAAUACAUGACCAACUAUGCAAAAUUUGAAAAAUUCAGACAUUUAAGACCAAAAAGCGAUUAUGUGUCAAGUGAAAAACAAUUAUGGUGGGAAUAUUUGGUACACGCAGCAAAAGAUAUUGUGGAAAAGCAACAUUUUACUUGGGAACAAGUUGAGGAGAGAAAGAAGGAUCGUAAAGAACAUAUUGAGCUAUUCAAGAGAACUAAGGAAUAUCCUUGGCAGAAAAAACUUUCAGACUCUGAAAAGAAAUCAUUACAAGAACUUGAGGACAAGCUCGAUUUUGACGACAUACUCUUUUUCCGAGAAUUAGCUCACGAAGAAUUAAAAGUGGAAAAGGAGAAGAAUAAGCACAUGCUUGUUAAAAAAGAAAAAUCUGGAGGAUGGUUUUCAGGAUGGUUUGGAGGUGGCACAAAAACGGCAUCUACCACGAGCACAGAAGAAGAACCUGCAUCACCGGUGGUAUUCGAAUUCACCGAUGAGCAACGUGAAGAGCUUCACAAAACGAUUGGCUACAACGCAAAAGAAAAGUCUCAAUCUCUUGAGUUACCUGCUGAUUAUGUAGCCUAUCAAAUUAAUUUUUUCCUAAAGCAAGGCGAACUUAAAUUGAGAAGCGCUCGUGUGAAAAGUAGCGACUCUGAAUCAGCCAUAGUGAAAGGUGCUUUCAACAACUUCAGAACAGAAGUUGGCGUACGAGCACAAGGCUCUGUAAUUGUACGAGUCACAUUGGAAGAUUUCGAAAUUACCGAUCACUUUUCAGAUGUGACCCAAUUCAAGAAAAUCGUUUCAAAACGAAAGGAAUCGGGUCAACUCGCCGAAGUACUUGUUGAAACAAAACCUUUGGAUGGAGAGUCAGACUUGAAACUCCAAGUGUUGCUUCAACAAGUAGACAUUGCUAUUAAUAUUCCUCUCAUCCAAAAGAUUCUUUCCUUCUUUAUUAUUCCAUCCAAUCUUGAUUUUUCAACUCUACAAAGUUUAGCUAUGAAACAAUUCGAAAAUUUACAACAACAAGCACUCACCCAACUGAAAGUUGCUCUCGAAUCCAAGAUGAUUAUUGAUUUGAAUGUACUCAUUUUAGCACCAACAUUUAUUGUACCUCUUGAUCACAAAGAUGAAAAUUCAAAGGUUGUUUUGCUAGACUUAGGUAAAUUAAAAUUCAAGAGUGACAUUGAUAAAAUUGAAAGAGCUAGAAGAAUUAAGAACGAAACCGUUGAAGAGAAGGACUUUUACGAUCGGUUUGAUAUAGAAUUAUCAAAUAUUCAAGCGAUGAUUACCGAUGUUUCUAGUUUUAAGAAUAACACCUAUGUUUCAGAGAGCUCCAAUAGUUUCCAAUUGGUGGAAAAAGUUAAUGUUGGUUUGAAAUUGGGCUUGCUCAUCACCAAUGAUCCCAACUAUGCUGGAACAAAGCUAGAGGGAACUAUCCCAAAUAUCAAGAUUAAUUUAUCUCCAAUGGCCAUGAAUACUAUUAUCAAAAUCACAAAUAACUUCCUUGUGUUGGCGGACAAUCCAACAGGUAAUAGUAAGGAAGAUGUGGAACUCAAGGGUGCCAUGAAGGUUAAAUCUGAUCUUUUGACAGACAAUCAAUGGAAGAAUUAUUGGGCAGAACUCACAGAAAAUGGACGUUUAAUGCUCUAUACGAAUGAAAACGAUCUAAAAGCAGCUGGUUGUAUCAUUUUGAACGAACGAUCUGUAGAGUAUCAAGAACGUGAUAAAAACUCAGAAUUGAACGCUCUACAGUGGUGUGCAGUCAUUCCACAGGAUACAGGACCCACAACUGUCUAUUUUGAGGUUGAAAAUCAAAAUGUUUAUGAUAAGUGGUUCAACCUUAUGAUAACCAAAAAUGUGAAUCGAAAACUUGUCCUUGAUAUAACUAAUACAGAGAAUGCAGAAAAUGAAGAGGUACGACAAAAGAAGGUGAAUUUUAAAUUGACGUUUAAUCUUGGAGAGUUUUGUGCUUCCCUCGUUUACAACAAAAAGAUGGACAACACUGAAAAUAGUCCAAUUAUUGAUUUGCCUCUCACAGACAUCAAGUUACAAGAUUUUUCUGUGGACAUGGCAGUCCGUAAUUUUGACAUGAUCAUGAAUUUUUCUCUUAGAGCUUUUACCAUCAGUGACAAGACUACUCGUCUCACCGAUAAGUACAUUAUUACAUCAGACUUACAAUCAGACAAACGUUUGGCAGAUUUGACACUCAUACAAGUCAAUAAUAGAGAAUCUGAAUAUUAUGGUAGAAAUGCAGAUUUAUUGUUGGAUGUUACCUUCCACAAAAUUCUCUUCAAUUUUGACCCAGUAUCCCUCACUACUUUUCUAUUGUAUAUUUAUGAUGUCAUCGAGUUGACACAACAAAUUGAAUCAAGAGUUCCAACAAUUACUCCAGCAGAAGCCAAGAAAUACGUAGAAAAAAGAGACAAGAAGAGGAACACCCUAGAUUUGCAUGCUUCUCUAUCAGAAGUAAGCUUGGUGCUCGUAUUACAAGACUUUUCCAAUUUUGCAACUGCUACUAUUGCCAAUGCAGAUGUUUCUUUUGCAAUGAAUGAAGCUGCCUUAUAUGUGAAAGGAACAGUCGGUAAUUUGUUGGCCGUGGACAACACUAAUGAUGGUUCAAUCUACAAGGAAAUUGUUGGUCUUUCUUCUUCGAGCGAUAAGUCACUCAUUACCUUUUCCUAUCAUCAGAAUAAUGAACGUCCUGCUAAUUUGGAUCCCUCUCAGCCAUAUUAUAACAAGUUUUUGAAACUUGUUCUCGAAUCUGUCAAAAUAGUUUAUUUGAACAGAAUUAUUGUCAGAUUACAACACUACAUGCAAAAUGGGCCAUUAUGGGACGUAUUGGCAGCAGGUGGUAAAAAAGUAUCAGAAAUUUCUAAAGACUCUGUUGUCAAACAAUAUGAAAGUUUAGAAAUGUUUAAUAUGCAUAUCACUUUAUUGAACCCUCUUGUCAUUGCUCCAAUGGCUUUCAAUAAUCCAGAAUGUAUUGUUGGUAAUUUGGGUAAAAUUAGAGUUUCAAAUUCGCUUUUUGAGAGAAACAGUUGUUGGUUAGAAAGUUAUGAUAUUUCUUUCACGAAAAUGAAUUUACACACCAUAACCGCUCAAGAUCCAAUGACCUAUGUGGUAGGAGAUAUGGAUUGGAUUUUGGCUGUUGAAAGGCCUGUCAUCAAUACAGAAAACAAAUUCCCUGGUGUCUCCGUUGAUAUUAAGGUUUCAGAUGUGGCCAUGACUCUCACACAAGAACAAUAUCAAAUGAUUUUCAAGGUUAUUGAUGGUAAUGUGAAUGAUAAUGCUGGCUUUCCAAGCAUACAAGAUAAGAAUGACAAAAAAGAUACUUCAUCAACAAUAAUCACCACUCCGUCUAAGAAAGAAAUCACUGAGCAGGAUGCUAAAAUUACAGAUGUCACUGUUAAGGUUCUCUUCUCUAAUUUGAAUUUAACAGUCUCAAAAUCAACAGAAGACUCAUUAGCACGUAUGAACAUGUAUGAUCUCAAUGUUGAUUUUAAUAUGAAGCGAAGUGGUUUGUCGAACACUAGUGUUUCAAUCAGCUCAGCAGACGCUCAUGAUCUCCGAAAAUCAGACGGUCACUUUAAAACGUUUGUCGAUACUCGACAGGAUCAAACAUCCCUCACAAAAUCUCAGCAUUUCCUUCUUGUGGAUGUUAUUAAUGAUCCAGAGAAAUCCCUUGUGAAAGUAGAUGUCAAAAUGGGAAAUCCUCGUAUCAUUUUUAUUCCUGAAAUUGUAUUUGAUAUUCAAAACUUUUUCAUGAACAUGAGGCCACAAAAACCACCAAAGGGAAAGAUUCUCUCCUUUGAAAAUAUGCCUGUAGGUGACAUUCAUAUCAACACAGACAUCACUUUGGGAGCCGAUUUAUCCUUGACUCCUACAAAGAGAUUAAUUGUCCAUACCAUUGAAGGAGGAAAUAUUGAAAUUAACGGAAAUGGACAUACCAUUGAACUUCCAUUCGUUCAGCAAGUUUUCAAAAUUGAGGAAGGAAUGACCUUAACAUUGACCAACGUAGUCAUUAAGAAAGAACCUGAACACAAAUUGGAGGAUUAUUGCGAAUUGUCAGAAAAGUCUAUCAUUGUUUUUGGAAAUGGAAGCAAAUUCAUCAGCAACAAGGAAGGAGCUAUCAAUGAAGAUAAAUCAAGCACCAUUGUAAGCGUGUUUGUGGACAACCCAAAUGUCAUGUUCCCAGUUAAACCCAACGAUCCAAACAGCAGACUUUUAGUAGUGAGAUCUCAAUUGAAAUUCAAAAUGCAAACCAGUGCUACAAAGCAGCUUUUUGUUGUGGGCAUUAAUGAAUUGUCCAUGUUUGUUGACAGUUUCCAGUCUUCGAGUCAAUCCAUGGCGAAAAAUAAUAUUUUAGAACCACUCUCAUUGGAUUUAGAAUAUUUUUCAGAGCACAAAUCUCGCACCGAUAUUUUGAGUGAUAUUAAGGCAAAAAUUGAUGGAAAUAUUAGGGCAAGAGUUUCAUACCAAGAUGUUAAAAUGAUCACUGAAGUGGUGAAUCAUUUCACAGAAGCCAUGAAAAAACCCAAGUCAACAGAUAGUAGUUAUCUGUUGUCGGAUGAUCAUUUAACGAAUCAUCUCUCUGAUAACUCUGAAACUUCCGAUGAAGAAGAGGAAUUCGAAGAAGCCAAAGAUGAAAUAGAGCAUAUGGAUGGACAAUUUGUUCUCAGUGACUAUGUCGAAUCAAGAGAUACCAUUUCAAAACCAGCACCACUCGAAAACAUCUCUCAUGACCCUAUCAGUAACGCAUUUUCAUUUAGUUUCGAUAUGAGUUCAGAUCAAACACUGUCCAUUCUUAUGGUCGAUGAUGUGAGAGGCUACGAUAUCCCACUUAUCACAUUUGUACUUAAGAAAGUUCACCUAAUUGAUACAAAAAUGACACAACUUGGAGAGAAGACCUCCAUCAAAGCGAAAAUUAUUGGCUACAUCCAAGCAGACUAUUACAACUUAAAGAUUGCUUCAUGGGAACCAAUUAUUGAACCCUAUGGCAUUGAAUUCUUCUUUAGAAGAAAACCUACUUCCAAAUCCACAACAGCAACCAUUGAUCGAUUUGAAAUUCGAGAUUUGGACAUUCCCAAAUACAAACAGUUGUACCAUUUGGAGGAAUUUGACGGCCUAUUAUUGAACGUCACUCAAUCCAUGAUUAACACAGUAUCAUCAACAGCCAAACUCUGGAAAGAAGAAUUCUACACUGAAACUAAGGUAUCCAAGAAAUUUGAUCCCUAUUGCAUUCGGAAUCAUACAGGACAUGUCAUUAAGCUCAUUUUCCCUUACAAUACACAACUUCAAAAAGCAGAUGUAUACGAAAUUGGAACAGGUCAAGAGGUGAACUUUUCACUUCCAGAAGAUAAAGCGCGAGGAUCCUUGCAUGCCAUUACUGUGGACGUACCAGGAUUUAACAAGCUUCAAUUAGAGUUAAAACAAACUGGAAAACAACACAUUAAGAAUACUCGAAAUGAAGUUUGUAUGGUUGACAAUGAUUUAAUAGAAGGCAGAAAAAUUAUUACCAUUAGUUCUGGCGUACAGAUACGAAAUAUGUGCAACAUUUCUUGGGAAAUUGGAUCUCUCAAUAUUGGAAACAAGAGUAUUACACGAUUCGGAGUGAUUGCUCCUAAAGAAUAUAUUGGUAUUCCAAUCACUAGCAUACCAGAAGAUAUUCUUUGCAUUCGACCAGUGUUGCGCAGCACUCAGAAAGAAGAGGAAUCGUCACAACAGGGAGGAACAUCAACAACUCCCAAUUACAAUUAUCAAUGGAGUGUACCAUCUGGAGGAUUGAAAUUUACCGAGCUUCUCAAACUCUACAAGGGCUCCAAGAAUGUGACCAUUCCAAACACCUCUGGACCCAACAUGUUUGCCAUUGUGAGAACCAACUUUGCCCUCGAGACUGAUUAUCAAGAAUUUAGACAGAAGUACGCGGAGGUGCCUCUCCUUUUCCAACGAUUUUAUUGCACCUUGGAUAUUAAGCCUCCACUCUGCAUUGACAACACGCUCGGAAAAUCCAUUGACUAUACUCUCAUUUCACAAACACAAAAUAAUACUCGAACAGUCGUUCAAGAGGGAACCAUGUCCAAAGGAGAACGUAUUUUCAUUUACUCUGCUGAAAUGAAUAAUAACAUUUUAUUGAAAGUGAAAAUGGGAAAAGAAUGGAUCGCAAAAGAACUUGCUCUCAUUCACCUUGUGAAGCGAGAGAGCAGUAACAGUAGCAGUGGCAUGCCACCUCAACAUUCGACUCAUAUCACUCUCGAAAAUGCUACCAACAACAUUUCAAGAAUUUACAUUGACUACUCAGAAGGAAAUGCCUUGGCCUAUCGUGAAAUUGUUCUCUUCUCACCUUAUUGGAUUGUAAAUCAUACGGGAGAAAUUGUGGCAGUGAAAACCUCUAGAGACCGCUACUUGGUUACACCUGGAGAAAAUCUCAUGUAUUCAGAAGCCUAUGAUCGUGAAAAGAUUGCCGUCAUGGUCGAUAAUUCAGGUGCCAGUACCAAUUUCUCUCUCACCAACGUUGGUACCAGUGGCAACUUUGCAGUUUCUUCUGACACAAAGAAAUACUCGAUUGGUUACUUUAUUUCAUUGGGAGAAGGCAAAUUUUACAGAACUAAAGUGUUGACUUUGAGUCCACGUUAUGUUAUUGUGAAUUCGACCGAUGAGAAGAUUCUCAUUCGACAAUGUUUCACCAAUAAUGAUCAUCUGGUCGUUCCCUUGGAAGUAGAGCCCAACACCAAUGUGAAUUAUUAUUGGAAGGAAUUAGAAGUGAAUGAACCACAAAUUUCAGUGAAGGUGGCAUCCAAUGACAAGAUUUCCUGGUCUGCACCAUUCAAAACCAAUGCUCUAGGUGAAACCUUCCUCAAAUUGAAACACGAAGAUUAUCCGAAUAGACCAAUCGGAUUACUCUUAGCAGUUGAUGUUCAAGAAACACAAGGAACAGUAUUCCUCAUGAUACAGAAACCAAAGAAACCACCUUAUUUGAUUGAUAAUCAACUCGAUGAAGAAGUGUUCUUUUCACAAAAGGGAGUUGAUAAAUGGUGGACUGUGAAGCCACUUCAAAUGACUCCCUAUGUUUGGGAUGACAAUAAGGGAGCUCACGGACUUCAACUGCGAAUUGGAAAUGUGAUUAUUAAGGAUGAUAUUGACAUUGAUCGAAUUGGAAAAGACAAGAGAAUUAAGUUGGGAUCAAAAGGAGUUGCCUAUCUUCGAGUGAAACCAGUCGGUCCAACCAGAGUUUUAAUGUUAACAAAAGAAAAACUGCAAAGUGUGAACAAACUCAUUACACAGAGCUUCAAAUUGAAACGAAAGAGAAGAUCCACAAAAGGAGAAAACAUCAAACCUCUCAUUAAGCAUGUAUCGAGUGUUGGUUCCUCCAUGCACGGUGCGUCUGGUAGUGCCUCAGAAGGUCAACUUAGUGAUUUCACAGAGGAAGAAGAAGAAGAAGAAUUCAAUCAGUUUAUGCUCGCAGAAAUUAAUCAAAUUGGAAUUUCAUUUAUUGACAAUUCUCCGAGUGAAGUGGCCUACCUGUUACUGGGCGGCCUUACCUUGCGAUAUGCCACCACCGAUAAGCAUCAAUUUAUUGAGGCACUACUGUAUCGAUUGCAGUUGGAUCAUCAAGAUUACAAUGCUACGUAUCCUGUCAUUUUGUGUAAUAUUAAUGAGCCUGGACAAGAAUUUCUUCACUUUAGCAUGUGUCGAUCCAUUGAAAAUAAUACCAAUGUCAAUACCUUCCCAUACAUGUCCAUUACCAUGCGAGAAGCACGUUGUGAAAUUGAUUACAUCUUUAUUUCCAAAUUUGUGAAACUAAUAGGUAUUCUUUCAACAAAUGAGGAACAAAGUAAUGAAAUUGAUGGACAAACUGCGGAGAGAAUGGCCAAACCGGUUGAAAUUCCAAAAUCUGAAGCUGAUGCAGAAAAGUUUUACUUUGAAAAUUUAGAAUUGCAUCCUGUCAGGAUUUAUCUCACAUUCAAAUUGAAUCACGAAGGAGAUGACAGCAAUCCAUUACUCAUUCUUUUCAAGUCACUCGGUGUCACUUUCACUCGAAUUGAUAAUGCCCCAAUGAAAUUCAAUUCUCUCAUUUUGAGCCAUCCUUUCAUGACUUUAAAUGCACUCAUGGAUAAGAUUAAGAAGCACUACAUUCGUCAAGCGACUGUCCAAUUCUACAAGAUUCUUGGUUCGCUUGAUAUUAUUGGAAAUCCAAUUGGUUUGUUCAGUGACAUUGGUACUGGUGUUGUUGACUUUUUCUAUGAGCCAGCUUCUGCCAUUACAAAGAGCCCAGAAGAGUUUGCCAGUGGUUUGGCAAAAGGUUCCAUGAGUCUUUUGAAGAAUUCUGUACAUGGUAUUGGUAACUUUACAUCCAAAUUGACAGGAAAUGUCGGUAAUGGUAUUGCCUUUUUAACCUUCGAUAAAGAAUACAAUCAACAACGUGAACGACAGGCCAGUCAAAAACCCAAAGAUAUUAAGGAAGGUUUGGCAUCGGGAGCAAAAUCACUCUUCAGAGGAAUUUAUGGAGGUGCCACUGGUAUUGUGACACAACCCAUUAGAGGUAUUCAAGAAGAAGGAGCCAUCGGUUUUGUGAAAGGAGUGGGUAAAGGUAUCAUUGGAAUUCCACUCAAACCAGUAGGAGGUAUCAUUGAUAUGGCCACACGAACCGUUGAAGGAAUUAGUAAUAGCAGUACCACGAUUUUCAGUCGAGUACGAUAUCCUCGAGUGUUGGCCGAGAAUGGUAGUGUCGUGAGAUAUUCCUUGACAGAUGCCUAUUCCAAAUAUUUGACAGUGACCAUUGAUGACGGCCAAUAUGCAAAGACCAACAAGCCAGUCUAUUACAUGCCUGAUUCAACGAAACAGUUUGUGUACCUCAUUACAGACAAGUAUAUCAUGAAAGUGGAUCAUGCAGAUAAGAAGGUGAAAUGGAAAAUGGCCUUGUCUAAAAUCAAGUCCGUAGAAUUGGUCAAUGAACCACACGAUGCCCUCAAAAUUGUGAGCACAGAAAAAGAAAAGUCUGUAUUCGGAAGUGGCAGCAAUAUUGUUCGUCUCUUGGAUUCACUCGAUAAGGAAUAUUUACACAAAUUCAAAAACAAGUUGAAUAUUGAGAUUGCAAGAGUGUUUAAAGAACAAUCCGAAUAUGAGAAUAUCGAUUACUAG